AUGAAAAUUUCACUCUACGAAUCUCAGCACUUGACUCGGGGUGUACAACCCAGCCAGAAUCAACAUCGUCUUAAUCCACACAGAACAGGUGACAUCGAGCCUGGAAAAGGCGCUAGAUAG